GUAAGUCAGGCGGAAACAGAGGGUACCAUAACGUUAACGUAGCCUUGUGAGACAUCUUUUUACGGUCAUAAGAUAAAAGACAAAAUAAAAAUCACAGUCACAAUGACGACUUUGGCUGAUUACCACUCCAUCUUUAAUUUGUGCCCAAAUGACGAGGCUUUGAUUGGGCUGAGAGAAGUGAACCCAGUCCUGAAGCAGCCAGUUAACACUGAGCCAUCCUCACACGGGUUGGAAGAUAAAUGCCUCGAGGAUGACAGACAGCGGGAGUGCAGUCUGGCUAGAGAGGUGUCAGACAAGAUGGUCUGUUUAGCCUGUAGAUGUCCCUUUAUUAAUCGUGAGGAACAGAUGGAGCACUACAAGCUCGACUGGCAUCGCUUCAACUUGAGACAGAAGAUGACCGGAAUGCCACCAGUCACAGUGGAGGAGUUUGAGAGGAAGACUGGAGCUGGGGACAUGUCAAGCAUCUCGGGCUCAGAGUCCGAUUCAGGGGAAGAAGACUCAGAUAGUGAUGGUGGGGGGACAAGCAGUAACAUCACUGGCACAGAUAAUGAGAGCUCAGCCGAAACCAGUUUAAUUACUGGCCGGCUUUCCAGUAAGGUGGUUUUCCAGAACUCAGCAGGACAGUAUCUGUCAGUCUACCGCUGCAUUCUGCAGGGGAAGUCAGGUGAUGAGCAGGAUGCAAGAUCCUCCCUAAUGGCCAUAAGUAAGAAGACAGUGUGGGUCAUUCUCAUGACAGGUGGAGGCCACUUUGCUGGUGCUAUUUUCCACGGAAAAGAAGUCCUUCAGCACAAGACUUUUCACCGAUACACUGUACGAGCCAAGCGAGGCACUGCUCAAGGAGUCAGAGACUCUCAGAACCGCAGCCACACACCAAAGUCUGCAGGAGCUGCUCUGAGGCGACACAAUGAGGCAGCGUUAGUCAAGGACAUUCAAGAACUUCUGGUGACCUGGGCUGAAUACUUGAAGGAGGCCUCUGUAAUAUUUAUACGAGCCCCUACCUAUAACAGGACCAUCUUCUUUGGUGGUCGAGCAGCCCCCCUUGACAAAAAAGACCCCAGGAUCCGAACACUUCCCUUCGCCACACGGAGGGCAACGUUUCGAGAGGUACAGAGGGUACACGAGGUGCUUUCCACCGUUCAUGUUUAUGGGAGAGACACAGACAUGUCUGCAGUCUUCAGUCCAUCUAAGAAGACGUGGAAAAAAACAGUCAAGCCAGUUGAACAGAAAAUCACUGAUCAAGAGCAAACGAAAGAAAACCAUGAUAGCUCAGAUAAAGAAGAGGGUGGGGAGAUCCAGCUAGAGAUGGUGGAGCUGACAUUAGGAACCUUGGACCUCAGGGAGUAUGAAAUACAUCCCUCCAGGCACAAGAAAAGGAGGAGGAGAAAGAAGGAGGAGGCCAAAGAGCAAAAUGAGGAAUUGAAUAACACAGAAACCGACAAUCAAGAGGAGGAGUUGAUGGAGGUUACACCACCAGGAGACGCUCCUCGAGCAGCACAAUCAAAGAACAAGAAGAAGAGAAAAGCACAGACCAAGAAACAGCUGGAAGAAACUGUCGAUGAGUCAUGGGAGUAUGGCCUGAGGGAUGCCCUCUUUACAGCCUGCAAGGUUGGGGAUGUGGACACUCUAAGUAGACUCCUGGGGCCACAUGAAGAAACAGCGGAGAGUCAAGAGCGGUUGGAGAGCAACCCCUCUAAUGCACCAAGUCCUAGGAUUCUCCUUAAUAAGCCCAUAGACUCAUCACAGUUCACUUUGCUGCAUGUUGCAUCAGCAACUGCACAAAAGGCAGUGGUUAGGCUGCUUCUUGAUGCAGGAGCAGACCCAGCCAGCCGGGAUAACAAAGGGCAGACCCCGUAUAUUGUCGCCCCUGACAAAGACACAAGGAAUGUCUUCCGUAAAUACAUGGGUGAGAAUCCUGACAAAUAUGACUACAGCAGGGCACAGGUCCCUGGGCCGCUGACGGCAGAGAUUGAAUCCAAAAAGACAGAGAAGAAAAGGGCUCAGAAGGCACUGAGAAAACAGCGAGAGAAAGAGCAGAAGGAGGAGAAGAGGAAACAAGAUUUGGAGGCAGAGGAAAAGAAGAGGUUUGCAUCUCUGACUGAUCGUGAAAAGAGAGCUCUGGCAGCAGAGAAAAGGUUAGCAGAGCAGGUAGCUGCAACAGGAAUCAGCCUCUCUAACAUCAAGAGGUGCUGGUUGUGUGGGGAGUCUCUGCUUGGCAAGAUCCCAUUUCAGUACCUGGAGUAUUCUUUCUGCACCCCUCAGUGUGUCCAAGCACAUCGAAAAGCAAAUCCUCUUCAGGGGAAGACCUAAAACCCGUGUGGAAAUUUUUAGCUGGAAGGAAGCUACCUCAUAAAAAGUACAAGUAUCUAAUGUGUUAGUUUCAUUUUCAAUUCUGAACACACAUUUCAAAUAUCAUUUUAUAAUGGCAGAUGAUCUUACACAACUGGAUGCAUAUACUGUACCAGAAACAUAAUGACAUAAAUUUAUAAUUUAUUCACAGUAUCUGCAGUUAAAAAAAUGUGUGAAAAAAAAAAUCAAAUGCAUUAAAAUAACACAAAUAUUCAGUGAAUAUUAAAACCCAAAGACAAAAUCAUUAUUGGAUCACUGUUUGGGAUAUAGUAUUUCUCCAGGUAAAUGUUGAGAAAAUGUGCUACAAAACUCAGUGCGCUCUGUUAAGACUGCUGAGUCGUGACAUUGAGCUGAGGCCGGUCCAUGAAGAGAACCCGUAAGUGUGCUGGUGCCCCCUCCAGCUCCAGCACUGUGAUGUUGUUGGGUAGGGUGGUGCUGAGCAAGGGUCCUGGGAUAUAAAGGGUCUGUUGAGGGCCCCUGGCUGGCCAGUAUCGUCCCAGGUUCAUACCGUUAAUCCAUAUCUGACCCUGUUAUAUAAAAAAAGAAAACAACAUUAACAUUAGAAAGGAUAGAAUUGUUUUAUCCCUGAAUAAUGAGGUAAACCCACAGGGGAAUUAUGUGUUUUGGUGCCAAAAUGUCCUCCAUCCCCAAAAAGCCACAUUACCUUUGUCCAUUCAUUGAGCUUGAGAAAGGUGUCCCAUGCCAAGCCGUUGGGCUGUAAUGUCCCCAUGUAGAAGGCCGGUCCAGCUGAAGCUUCUUUCUGAGGUGUGGGGAAGGACUGUCUGUCUGAAUGAGGCCAUCCACCAGCGAUGGCUCCAUCAAUGUCCAAAGGGUAGAUCUUCCAGUCAGUCAGUACAUCUUUACCCAGGAUCAGAUUGCUCAAGAGGCCCUGCAGUAACACAUACUGUUAACCAGCUAACAUUUGUACUCUGUGAAAUUAGGUUUUACUCUCAAUAACUAACAAAUAAUCUGAAACAAUUAUUAUUUUUCAUGGUCAUUUUAAAGUUUAAGAUACAUGUAUUUGCUACCAUUUCAUACAGGAACGUUCAUGGUACUUGUAUCAAUCUGUAUUUUAUGUUUGUGUAGAUAUGAAGAGUUUGCCUAUUGGAGAAAUGUUUUCUUAUUUGAUUUAAAAACAAUGCUUUAUG